UGGACCUAACCCUGAUGGUGCAGAUCGUUCGAUCAACGAAGACGAAGAGAUCGCCGCUAGAAGCGACACCAGCUCCGGAGGAAGUUCUCCAUCGAAUCUAAAGAAACGCCUUCUCCAUCUUCAGUCACCAAACGAAGCAGCACGUUUAGCUAACCGCGUGAUCAACAUCUCUCGUCAUCUGUCCCAAAAACGAGACUUCUAUUAUCAAGGUGCGACCAAUCGGAUCGAGGAGAACGUCGAAAGGGAAGAGAAAGAGGAACAGGAAACCUUAUUUUCCAAAAGGACCUCGGACGAUAUAAAAACAAGGGACGCCCGUGCACGCAGAAGAGCGAAGAUUCGUUUGGAUAACGUGAGAAAUAGCACUAUGGUUGUCUCGAGAUCGAGCGAAAGCACCGCUGCUUCGGAUACGAAAGACAAUCCCAACGAGGAAGAAAGGUCCGAUGAAAAUUCGUUAAUCAAGAACGGUAAAAAGGCGAGUUCGGAAGGAAAUUUGGAAAAGCAAUCGUCGUUACGGAUUGAACCGUUGACAAAUUAUUCUCAAGGAUACUCGUCGUUUUCAGCAAGAUUGCCCAGCACUCGUAAUCCAUAUCGUAAUCAACGAGACGAUUCGGACAGCGAUUCAUCCAGGUCUCAACGAAACGCGUCGUUUCUUCGUCUUUAUUCCAGUAUUUCGUGUGAAAAUUCAGCGAAGAAUAGAGUCGAGUUGCAGCCUCAUUCUCCAGUUUCUUUGUGCAACGCUCGACCUACAAAGUUCGGCGGAUAUAGACCUCCAACUGGCGUGAUACUGCAGAACCUCAGUUCCGGCAGCGAAGCUGAGUCUAGCCACGAGAUCACGUCGAAUAGAAUUGGCUCUACUCAGAGAAUUGAUCGUUUGGUUAGCAAUACGAUUGCAGUAACUGACAAUUCUGCAGAUUUGUGUGAUAAAAAUUCGAAAAUUACAAAUUUCAACGAACCUUUACCACCUUUGUCCUCGAGAAGAUCGCCCAACCGUAUGCUGCUUAAUUCUUCGAGAAAAGAUGUUUUAGAAAGUGUCAUCGCGUCUUCUGUGUCAAAGAUGGAUUUUACCGACGAUCAAUUUUGUAAAAAUUCGAAGGAUCCUUUAAAUACGACGUGUCUUCCCUCUUCGAGGAAAAUGCCUCCUGAAAAUUCCUAUUAUCGAAAUGCGGAUACCUCCAGAAGCGAUUGCAGCAAAAAUAUGAAGAAUUUUUAUAAAAACGUCGAGGAGCCCAUGUUCUACUCUGCCAGAGAAGAAGUUUGUAAUUUCAAUAGGGAGGGCUUGGAAACGUCGCCAUCUUUGCUGAAAACAGCAAAUCCUUCGAAUAUCUCUCCACAAUCUUCAGAAGCUAAAACUUCUAGGAAUUUUCAACGCGACACGAUCAAUCUCGAGAAACAUAUCUGCAACGAAGGUACGAGACGAGGUGACGAAGAGAAGGAAGAAGAGAUGAAUUCUUCGAAUUCGGGAUCCCGUGUGAACGAAAGUCAAAGUUUCGUUCCGACUCAAAGAAGCACACGAUUACCGGAGAAUAUUUUGAAGAGUUCAGACGAUAAUCUAGAAAUUUCUUCGUCGAACAUCACCGAUUCAAGAGUUCUUCAAGAGGCGAUGUCUAGGUAUAUUUUGAACUACGACAGCAAUAACGACAUCAAAUCUCCACAAUCCCAAGAAAAUGCAUCUUCCCCACAAUUGAAAAAUUACUCGAGCGAUAUUCAGAGCGUUGCUUCUUCCUCGGGAGAGUAUUUCGUUGAUGAAUUUACCAAAAAUCACGGAGAAACCAAAUUGUCCUUAGAAUUCACUAAAAUCGACCAAGAAUUACACGAUCAAGAGCUAAACGAAAUUACCAACGAGAAAGGAUUCGCAAGUGUUCCCACUCUAACCUUAAACUCGCAAGAAGUGUCUCAUACGACAUCACCAGCCAGCAAAAUUAGCUCGGAGAGGCGUUUAGACGCGGAUUCUUUGAUCAGGACAUUGUCGAACUCGUCUUUGAGGCAGCAAACAACGAAAGAUGCUUCAGAGAAUACCUGCAGUGAAUCCUGCAUCGAUAGCAAGACAAUAUCCAGGCAAGGAUCCUCUGAGAACAAUUUAUCAACGGAUAAACGCUUGGAGUCAACGUCGUUGAAGUCUGAUGAGCAUCAUAGUAGAUUGUCCACGUCUAGAACAUCCUGUAGAUCGUUCCUUAGCACGAGGUCCAAGAUUCCAGUGAAGAUUCCUACGAAUAGAAGUAAGCUGCCGAUCGUGAACACGUUAAACGAAGUGGAAAAACCAGUAGAUAAUCAAGGAGCGAGUCUAAUGGAUUCUGAUAGACAAGUGUUUCGAAAUGACCCAUCGUCGUCUGAGGAAUUUCAAUCAGGAAGAAGAGACCAAGUUUCCAGAUCCGAGGAAAAUUCACCAUUAGUGAAACAUUAUCUUGUCACAAAUAUCGAAGAGUCUGUUGAAGUUGUAUCCGAAUCUUCCGUGAAUACAGACAGAAAAGAAGAGGAUAAAUAUCCUGACACGAAGUGCAGGGGAAACGAGUUAGAAAAUUUCGAAAGGACAAGUCUGACGAUGAAAGAUCGAGCUCAGUUGAGGACUUGUUUACCUUUGCAAAUCGAAACGAGCGACGAGGAGACUUAUGAAAGCAAGGUGAAAGAGCAAAUCCAAGAUUAUCGAGCCAAUCUUGAUGGAACUAAUUAUAACGAAUCAUCGAUCAAUCGUACGAAUGUAAGCGACACUUUUAGCUCUUCGAAUUCUCCUGACAAUCAGAAAGAACGUGAAACAGUACACGAGAAGACCAAGUCGGAGCACAGUGACUAUUCAGACACCGAUUCAGACACUUCCUCUUCUUCUUCGCACUGUUACAAGAUACGAGAGUCCGCGCCAAAACUUGAAGAGCCUGAAGAACUGGACGAACCAGAAGAACCCACUAAUUUCAUCUCAAGAAUUACGUCGAUCACCUCUCCGUUAGAGGACUAUCAGAGAAAGUAUUUGAAUACCACAUACGAAGGCGAGGUUUUCGACAGGUUCGUUGAGAAAAGAAAGUCGAACCUCUUCGAGAAUCAAAUAGGUGACGGCAAUUAUCAAGAGGCACUGAUGGAGGACUCGAGCAAGUUGAACCUUCAAGUCACCCCUUUGAACUCAUCCCCGGAGAACGAAGAAUUAUUACAAGUGAAACGAGUCGCCGAGAAUUACGACAAGCUUAAUUUCUCCAUGGAAAAGCUAGCAGCUGAACAAUUCCGUAGAAACAUCAACCCAGAAUACGCGAAAAGCAUCCAGUCGGAUACUACCGCAUUCUUCACGGAGAGAUUCUAUGAAGUUCCACAGUUUUCUCUCGCUUGCUCCUCCUCGACGUCGAAGCUGCGUCGCGACAGGUCGAGGGACUCGCCGCGUGUCAAGAAGAAGAGCCAGGACAGAUUUCCUUUCACGAUUUCGGAAAAAACGAGCGUCGCCUCGAUGAAGUUCAAGGUCCGAAGCCGGCUGGGCAAUCUAGACGAAGACGAGGAGGAAAAAAGCUACAAACUGGACACGCAUCCGAGCAUAACUAGACUGGCCGGUUCUGGAUUCGAGGAUUCACCCGCGGAGAUCAUUAGUUACAUGGUUAAUACCGAGCAAGAGGAUCGUCGUACGAAAUCAUCGGGUAUGAGGGGCCUUGUGGAAAAAUUUUCGGCCAGAUGGAGGAAAUCGAGGAAACACGACGACGAAAUGAAAUCCGAUGCGAAAAUGACGAAUGUGAUUUUUAAAAAUCGAGACUACCGGGAAGAAUGCGACAGCUCCAUGGAGAGUUGCUCGGAAUCGUCUUUAUUGAGGGACUUCAGGCUAUUUGAGAAUUUGGAGAAGAAAUUCAGUAAGAUUGGUGAUUCUCCGGAUGAAAAGCCGUUAAUAGAGAAAAAGUCGUCUACUAGAGAAAACAGCGGGAAUACAUCGUUAAACGCUGAAAAUCCUUGUAGACGGUAUGAUCGCGAUGAUCUGUGGGUUCAGGCGUUUAAGAAUUUCGAUUCUGAUCGAGAAGAGAAGAAAAAGGACGAAUCUAUUUCGGAAAAAGAUCCAUAUUCGGUGUUCUUCGUUAAGAGCGCGAGGGAAACCCCAGAAAUUUCUGCUAGAGCACUCCUUUCAGAAGAUGACAACCGGAAGCAGAACAUUUCGACGGAAAGAAAGAAGAAUCGAGUGAAAUUUCGAGGCAGCUCUUUGGCCGUAGCGCCAAAACGAUCCGACGAAAACGUGCACAAAGAAUCCAUUAAAAAUAAAAAUUCAGAACGUGUCAAAAGGAACAAAAACAUGCAAAGUGGAUGCCUUUGUCUACGAUUUUAUCGAAUGAUCGUGCCGGUUUCGUUUGGAUCGAUAUCGAAAUAUCGAUCACAAGUAAAUCGUAAUUCGUCGUCGAUAAAGAAGAAAUCUCGUACUUCGUUGCACAAAAAGAAGGGAUGA